AUGGCGCCUAAAACGGAGCGUCCUCCCGUUCCUAACCCUUAUGCAAUUGACUACGCUCCCACAGAUCGGGCCACCUGCAAGGGGUGUGAUGGGCGCAUCGGUCUGGAUUCGCUGCGCUUUAUACGAAAGGUGUGGAGCCGCUUCCAUGAUGGCUUCGACGAGUUGAAAUACCACUUGCGUUGUGGCAAGAAGUUCACAGAUAACCUCGAGGAAAUCAGAUACACGAGCGAGAAUGCCAGCACCAUACCAGCACGAACUGUCGCAUCUCUGGUGUUCUGCACUGUCUAUGCUAUAGUAUGGCAGGCUCUGCGUUGGAGCGACAUUCUUCGAGUGGCAAAAAGCUUUAACACAACUAUCGACGAGGAGCACCCCGCAGUUCAGGCUGUGAAGAGACGCAGCGAUGCGAUCUGGAGUCUCAAAGCCUUGCUUGUGGAAAUCCCGAAGAAGCAGCUGCUUCCAAUUCUGGAUGCCAAUGGAAUCCCCUACAACGAGAAAAAAAUAUCGGUUGGCGAGGCAGCGCAUAUCGUUGCGGAUGGGUUUAUGUUUGGGAGAUUCCCUCCCUGCCCGAUCUGCGGGAACUCUGCACUCGUUCAAGAUGAGGCAAAGCGAAUUCCUGUGUUUAAGAAGUGGAAGUGUCCUGAAGGCGUAGAGGGCUGUAUGGAGCUUGGCAAUCCACUAAGCGCUCCGUCCCCCAAGGCACCCAAGAAUGAACAAAGUUCUAGCGAGCCUGAGGCCAUCCCUCCUGGCAAGGAACUCGUGGGGCUUAGCUUUACAUCAGUAGGCGCUACCGAUCCUCCAAAAGCGGAGCUUCAACUCUUGAUCGAGAAACACGCCGGAGAAUACACCGAGCAACCCGAAGGGCGCACAACAUUCCUCUUGGUUGGAGACGGGGACAGUCACGAGUUCACGAAAAAAUAUCGCGAUGCAAAAGCUGCGGGCGUCCCUAUUGUGCAUUGCUCGUUCGUGAAAGCCUUAAUCCGGCGAAAAAAUGUCGAGCCGAAGCUGAAGUUGGCGGAGUGCCGCAAAUGGAAGGGCUUGGAUGACGGCCCCGAUCCUCGGCCGAUGGGUCUACUAUUACGGAAAAAAAAGUAUGCACAGUAUUAUCUCGUGGAGGGAAAGCUUACACUCGAGUUACCAAGUGCGGCCGAAUCUCUCAAGCAGCUUCGCGAAGCUCGCGCAAAGGACAAGUCUCGAACGAAGCGUCCACCUAUUGCAAAGGGCUCUCCGCUUUUGCAGGUGGACCCGCUAUUCAGUAACAAAGGGGGCCAAAUUUACGUUGACCAGUAUGGAAAUGCCUUCAAUUGCUGCACACAGUUUACUGACAUAAGCACAGGCAUUAACAAGUAUUAUUCCAUGCAGAUCGUGCAAACUAACAAGACCUAUCACUUCUUCACGAAGUGGGGUCGGCUUGGGGCUGAUGAUAAAUUAACUAACGACUACAAACAACAGUCAUUUGGCCAGGACGUGGAUGCCGCAGUUGGUAAGUUGACGGCUCAGCAGCUUUAUACUUCGUGUUGCCUAGCAGAAUCAUUUCCUCUUCGUCGAUUUGCCGUUAACGGGAAGUUUCGAAAUUCGGCUAUUUAUGUGUCGCCCGUAGACGCAUUUGAGUCCAAGUUCAUGGGACUGACAGGUACCCAAUGGAGUGACCGUUUCAACUUCGUUCAGCAACCUGGCAGGUAUGGUUUUGUGGAACUCGCGGGCUAUGAAGUUGAAGAUGGGGCAACGCAGGAGCCAAAGCUAAAGCGGGCUAAGCUUGAAGCUGCCAGCGCCAGCAGCACCGUGGCUGAAUGCACUCUACCCCCAGCGGUGAAAACGAUCGUGGAGCUCAUUUUUGACCGCAAACUGGCGGAGAAGUUGCUCACCGAACAGCACCUCAACCUUCAGAAGCUCCCCAUCGAUUCCAUUUCCAAGCGUCAGCUGCAAGAGGGCUAUGCAGUUCUUCAGGAAAUUCAAAAUCUCCUCCGCGAGGACUCGGAGAAAAUUAACACACUUAAACAUCAGACGCGGCUAGCGGAUGCGACGAACCGGUUCUACAUCAAAAUACCUCACAUCUUCAGUCAUGCCGAAAAGCCUCCAGUUCUUGACUCACUGGCAAAGUUGAGAACCAAGAUCGAAAUGAUGGAGCAACUGUUAGAGAACUUUGGUGAUUUACCCCUCCCAGCCCGUCCUCAUCCCUCUCUUGUCGUCUUGCAGAUAUCGAUUGCGCAAUCUUUGUUGACGGAUGCUAUGCUAAACGCCAGAGACAAGCACCCACUGGAUGCUCAGUACGAGCAGCUGCGCUGCAAACUUGAGCCACUUCCUGAAAACCAUGAAGAACGAAAACUGGUGGAGCGACUUGUAUCCGACACCCACGCACCGACCCACAAUACGUGGAAGCUCAAGAUCCAGAGUGUCUUAAAGUGCGAUCGCCAAGGUGAAACGGAACGCUUCAACAAGGACGUGGACAACCGCAUGCUCUUGUGGCACGGUUCCCGUUUGACAAACUGGCCAAGUAUUCUCGCGAAAGGCCUGCAAGUUGCUCCCCCAGAGGCGCCGUCGUCCGGAUACAUGUUUGAUAAGGGGAUUUAUUUUGCCGACAUGGUUAGCAAAUCGUCGCAGUACUGCUUCGCGUCUUCCCUUCAACCGCAUGGCCUCCUAGUCCUUUGUGAGGCGGCACUGGGGAGGCAGCGUCAGCUCCUUGAGGCAGACUAUGAAGCGGCUGCCAAGUGCAAAAGUGAUGGGCAAGACAGCGUGCACGGGGUGGGCCGCAUGUGCCCGAAUCCCGACUCUGACUUCGAGAUUCCUUCUGUCAUUGAUGGAAAGCCGGUGCGCGUUUGCGGAGGAAAGAGCUGGAACAAUACAAAGGCUGUCGAAGAGCUGAAGGCCAACACGCCCGGGAGUCCUGAGGCGGCCCUAAUGUAUAACGAAUACGUCAUUUACGACCCGCGUCAGAUCAAGAUUCGCUACCUGAUUCACGUUGAAUUCGAGUUUGCGUCGUUUGACCUGGAUUCCAUCUGA